GUUAGCCCCGCCCAAGCGAGCAAUGUCUCCGAAUGCUUCCGGCGCCGGGUGAUGACGUCAACCGUACGGCGGGUCGGAAGGGCCGGUCUUGGGAAGGGCGUUCUGGUGGCUGCGGAUUCUUGAAGUGAGGUCCCUGAGGAGGGCGAUGACUGAAUACAAGCUGGUAGUGGUAGGAGCUGGUGGUGUUGGGAAAAGUGCCCUAACCAUCCAGCUCAUCCAGAAUCACUUUGUAGAUGAAUAUGAUCCCACUAUAGAGGACUCUUACCGCAAACAGGUAGUUAUUGAUGGAGAGACCUGUUUGUUAGAUAUCCUGGACACAGCAGGGCAAGAAGAGUAUAGUGCCAUGAGAGAUCAGUACAUGAGAACUGGGGAAGGCUUUCUAUGUGUGUUCGCCAUCAACAACAGCAAAUCAUUUGCAGAUAUCAAUCUUUACAGAGAGCAGAUUAAAAGAGUGAAAGAUUCAGAAGACGUACCAAUGGUGUUAGUGGGAAACAAAUGUGACCUGCCAACACGAACAGUAGAUACCAAACAAGCUCAUGAAGUAGCCAAGAGCUAUGGGAUUCCCUUCAUUGAGACAUCUGCCAAAACGAGACAGGGUGUUGAAGAUGCCUUUUACACAUUGGUGAGGGAGAUCCGCCAAUAUCGGAUGAAAAGGCUCAACAGCAGUGAAGAUGGGAAUCAAGGCUGCAUGGGAGUCUCGUGCCUUGUGAUGUGAUCAGCUGUCAAAAACAUCUGGCCAAAGUUCAGCUAGAGGGUGAAUCUUAAGUCCACUGUUGCAUUUCACCCGUACCCUGGUGCCAGUUCUAAUUCUUUUCUGUCGGCACCUGAAGAGAAUGUCUCUGAACAUCUACCUCUUUGCUCAGCUGAGCAAGCAAAGAAAGUCUCCUCUGUUGGUGGUGGGAUUUCCCCACCCCCACCCUCUCUUUCUCGGAUAGGUUCAAACUGAGGAACUGGUGUGUGAAACUGUAGAGGCCAAAUCCUUUGAAAGGACCAUGUACCUGUUUCUGGAAGGAAAGCUGGAGAAAAUUGCGAUCACACUGUACUGAAAAGCCUGACUCUCUCUCUCUCCACCAUUUUUGGACAGAGAAAUGCUACGUAGCAGCAUCCCCCUAUACUGUGUAUCUAAAAUAUUUCUAUAGCACAUCAACUUAUUGCACUUUUUUGGCCUCUAGCCCUCGGCUUUCUUUCUAGUAAGAGAUCUUGAAUAACCAAGUGCCUAUUUGUAAUGGCAGGACAGGCCUUAAACUUACCCUGCAAAGUUCCUAGCUGUCCCGUCUUGAGCACCUUGGUCUGCCUGCUCUUGACCUAUAGUGGCUCCAGUGUCCUCCUUCCCUGCUCUGUUCACUGAUGCUUCUUAAUAGGACUUUCAGGGGAUUGAAAGUGGAACCUUCUACAUGCAGAGCAUGUGUUCUGCCAUUGAGCUAUAUCACCUCCCCAGUAGUGCACAAGGACGUCUCUGCACCAUUGGCUGAAAUACACAUUGAUCUUUAAGACCUGUGGGGAACUCCAGCUGUCAGUCGCCAUCCUCCAGUGUUAAAUACAUUUCAUUUAACUCUUCCUGACAAUGCUGGAAGCCAUUGGUGCUUCUCACCAGGCCCAGUUAACAGCCGUGGAUAUUAAAACUAACAGUUACUCCAAUGCCGGUCAUAAAUCAUGGCUCUGUGAGGACUAUGUAGAGAAGAUUGAACUGCCCCAGCUUUCUAUGCACUUCUCUCUUUUAAUUCGUUCCACAUCUUUGUCAGGCACAGACUCUUUAUUUUUGAUCUGUGAAAAAUGAACCGGGGGGGAACACACUUCAUCAAGAUUAUAUACUUUGAAAGCUCUUUCCAGGUGACUGCUGUGCAGUUAAGCUACAGGUAAAGAGCUAGGGGAACAAAAGGGGAUUUAGCCACACAGUGAUGCUGCUUGGAUAAAGAAGUAAAUUGCUGUUGUGUAUUCAGCCUUACGAACUUUGGAACUGGAUUUUUCAUGAGCCCCAUAAUUCUCUGUUCAAAUGAAUAUUUGCUGGGAAAUAGCUGAUUGAAUAGAUAACCACUAUUUAUUUGAAAGCCGUAAUAUUUGAUCCUGGUUCUCAUGUCUUGUUACCGUUUUGCAACUGAAUGCGUGAACUGCCUUGAUUCCAAAGUGUUCUUGCUUGAUAUGAUGGAAAUUCGAACAAAAGCGCUGUCUGUGGUAGUUGUUUGAUACAUACAUGUCAUUGCUAGAUGUUGUGGUUAUUGCAUUUACAAAUUCUUCCUAAGCGGGGGCCAGACUGCAGUAGAAAUGAAAUACAGGAUCAUAAGUCCUUUAUUGGUGGUUUUAUUACGUUGCCAUUUUACUGUACAAGCUCCCAAGUUGGAGAAAUCACUGUGCAAUCACACAUAGCGAGAUGGUGGACACCUAUUUCCUAAAAUAUCUUUUCUCUUGCCUAAUAUGAUGAUGAUGUAUCAUUUCAGAUACGUGCAGUUUUCUGAGAGGGUGUUAAUAUGUCUUGCAUCUAGGUCAGGCAUCCCCAAACUUCAGCCCUCCAGAUGUUUUGGACUACAAUUCCAAUCUUCCCCAACCACUGGUCCUGUUAGCUAGGGCAGUGUUUCCCAACCUUGUGCCUCCAGCUGUUUUCGGACUACAAUUCCCAUCAUUCCUGACCACUGGUCUUGCUAGCUAGGGAUGAUGGGAGUUGUAGUCCAAAAACAGCUGGAGGCACAAGGUUGGGAAACACUGAGCUAGGGAUCAUGGGAGUUGUAGGCCAAAACAUCUGGAGGGCCGCAGUUUGGGAAUGCCUGAUCUAGGUAAACUCCCUUUGUUAAGGGAGAACUCCCUUUGUUAAGGGGCUGGUAUCACUUAAGCAAUAAAGUGGUAUAUUGUUUAAAUGCCUUUCCUUUGUUUUUACAGCCAAAGUUCCUAUAUCCCUUUCUAUUUUCAUGGCAUGUAUAAAUGUAACAGAUACAUGGAUGGAGGGGGCAGUAUUGAAUUUCUGCUCAUCUUGUAGCUGUUCAGGAUGUUGAACCUAGGAGUACUGCCAGAUAAAAGUGGCAGUCCUUGUACCACUUUAGGAAGUCUCCCUCCACUUGCAUUUACCAUGUAAAGGUUGUGUCUGCAGAAGCCUGAAGAUUAAAUGUCAUGUCUGGCUGAGUUUUCUGCAUAUUAGCCAGCAAAAAAGCAGCAGAGAAGAAGAUUUCACCGCUGCUUGGCCAGUUUCACACCCGUUGUAAAUCUGAGUCCAGUUGCUGCAGAUGAUAUUCCUUCACUAGACUAACUUUGCAUUCUCUAGAGAUAAAGCAUUCUUCCACCUUCAGAAUUAUUAUUAUUUGCCCUGAUGAACACCUGAUUAACUGAAACUAAUGGUCAGUAUUUUUUAAAGUAUUUGCAGUAUUGUUUUUAAAAAUACUAUUUGAAUUCUUCUGGGCCGGGGGCAGGGGUGGUACCCUGCAGAUGCUACAUCUUCCCAUCUUCCCUGACUAGUAGGCUGACAAUUGGGAUCCAGCAGCAUCUGGAGGCACCACAUUGCCUGCCUCUGCUCUGUACCUCUGUAUGUGCCCAUUUUUGCCCCAUGUGACUGAAUGAAUGGUUAGAGAAAGCACAGCUAUGGAGUUGAAAAGAGUAGAAAGUGCCUAUUUGCUGCCUGAUGAAUUUGAGUUCUGGGGUGUUUAAAUAUAAUUUUAAAAUGCUCACAAUGGUGCUUGCCUCUUCAGAUUCUCCAGCAUAAUACAGGAUGGUCAUAAGCUACGGGAAAUAAUAGUAAUAUACAUGAGCAAAUGGCAAGGUGUGCAUUAAUAAGAUCUAUACUGAUUUUACAGCUAAUUGAAGAAAAGCUCCCUUGUAUGUUCUUGAGUUAUGGAAGUGACACUCUGCCAAUUUCCUUCCGUUUGGAUAGUAGAAAAGGUGUCUUGCCUUAAUUGGUCUCUAACGCAACUGAUUCUGCCACUGUUUUGCUCUUGCUGACAGGCAAUCUCAUUUCCCACAGCAGAAUACCACAAUUAAUAUGGGGUAGUAGAUUCUCUGUGUGUGUGGGUAGGAAGCAAUGCAUGCUUCAGUUGUGAUUGCACAACACUGGAUGGACUUUCUUUUUAAUGAAGUAUCCGAACCCAGCAUUUAAACAUGGCAUGUCACCAAAGGACUAAUGUCAACUCCAUUACGUACUAUGUAAUCCAUUUCUCACUCAUUUUGUGUUUUAAUCAAAUAAUGUUUGUAAAAAAGAAUUCUAAAAUACAUCAAUAUUAUUCCUUGG